UCCCGGAAUCCGUAAUGCCGUGUAAUUAAAUUUACUCUGUAAGUGUAAUUUGGCAUUUGGCAACACUGUGUGUAACGUUCGUCGAAUGUCGAUAAAGUAAUUUCCUUAUUAAAGUACCAUGGCGCCCGCCGUAGAUUCUAAGGACAAGACCAAGAUGAAGAAAGACGUUAGGGAUAAAUCGAAAAAUAUAAUGCGAGACUUGCACAUUCGCAAGUUGUGCUUGAACAUUUGUGUUGGUGAAUCUGGUGACAGGCUUACACGCGCCGCUAAGGUUUUAGAGCAAUUGACCGGCCAACAGCCCGUGUUUUCGAAGGCUCGCUACACUGUGAGAUCGUUCGGCAUUCGACGUAACGAAAAGAUUGCGGUGCACUGUACAGUACGUGGGGCUAAAGCCGAAGAGAUUUUAGAACGAGGAUUGAAAGUACGCGAAUACGAGUUGAGAAGAGAUAACUUUUCAGCAUCCGGCAAUUUCGGUUUCGGUAUUCAAGAACACAUAGACUUGGGUAUUAAGUAUGACCCAAGCAUUGGUAUUUACGGUUUAGACUUUUACGUCGUAUUGGGAAGGCCUGGUUACAAUGUCGCACAUCGUCGCCGAAAGCGCGGCAUCGUCGGCUUUCCACAUCGUCUAACAAAGGAAGACGCGAUGAAAUGGUUCCAACAGAAAUACGAUGGUAUCAUUCUCGCCAGUAAGAAGUAGUUUGUAAACGUUACGUUUAUACAAUAAAACAAUUUAUAAUAA